AUGUUUGAGUCGAUUUUUUCAAACCCGUUCGAAACAACAGUCCCCGCCCACAGCAGCCCAAUCUCGUCCCCGCCAGGCUCGCCGGUGAAAAAAGACAGGCCCUCCCUUUUGGACGACUUUGCUUCCGGAAACACUACUCUCGACGACAUCAUCGCGCUUCCGCCGCCCGUCAUGGCCCCGGCGGAUAAUCUUUUCGCCAACACCGCAGACCUGUUCGACUUCGACAGCUACCUGCGCUCGUUCAGCCUCGAGAGCCAGUUCUUUGGCAGCUCCAAAACAGACCUCGACUUUUCGCAUGUGCAGAAAACCACCGUCGACGACCUCGACAGCAUGAUCAGCAACCUGUCAAUCGACGAGAUCGACGCCCAGGUGCGGUCCGCGCCGGACGUUUAUGAGCACGACGACAUAGGAGAUAUGGACUUUGGAGCAGAGCUCAACAAGUUCCUCCGGGCCAACGACAACCAGUUUGUCAUGGACAUGCACCACGAUGACUUCCAGCUCGAGUUCGACGAUAACGAGCCAGGGAAUUCGCCGACACAGAAACAAAAUUCGCCGCUACGAAUUUGCUCGCCGUCCACACAUACCAUCCAGAAGCCGAGUAUCAAGCCGUGCCGCAAUCUGCUCAACCUGAUUGUCGAGAGCAGCGACGGCAGCAUUGAGGAUGCAACCAAGUACGCCACAGAGAUCAACGCCCAGAACUGUCUGGGCAUCCCGAUCCCAGAGAAAACGACAGAGCUCGUCACCAUCCCGACCGCAGGCCCGCCCGUGGACGGGGUGCGCAAGGCGGCGAUAGUGAAAGCCAUUCUGGCGCGCACCACGGCACUGAGGCGGCCGGAAAAGUCCGCCAAACGCGUCGGUUUCUACACAGAAUCAGAAAGACAGUCGUUUUUGCAAACCAGAAACGGCCACAAGCGGCAUAACAAGAACAGCUCGCUCAAUAACCAACGGACGAUCGACCUCCUCAAGGAGGAUCUGCAGGAGAACCAGGAAAAUAUCCGGCCCAACAGACCAGCGCACAAACUACUCAACUACUCGGACAGAAACCGCAAACGGGUGUCAUGGGCCAAUUCAUUGGAAUGGUAA